UCUUCAAAUCAGUUGGGGGGAAGGGCUAAGGGUAGAAUUCAUGCGCAGAGAAUUGUUAUCCGUUAUCCACUCUUGGCUACCAAGAAGAUAUGAAAGUCGGAUCCUAUCAUGAACCAUCACUCGAUAAACGCUACGUAGUACACGCGACCAAGUUUUCGGUUUAUUAUGAUGGCGCGUGGGUUAUUUGAGGCUGCCUCGCGAGAUUUGCGUUACUGUAGCGUGAUCCUGUGCGUGACGGUUGCCCUGUGAUUAGAAUCUGGAUCGUUUCCCACGUUAUAGGGACGGGGCACCGGUUUGAGGCCCUGCAUGGCUCGCACGGUAAACCCGAUAAGUGCCUGCAGGUGGAGAUUCUUCUACACGGGUUGCUUGCUCAAUCUCGCGGUGUAAGUUGGUUCACAUUCUCAGAGACUUGUUGUAUCGCAGAAUCCGGGAAAACCCGAGUGAGAUAUUGUGAGCCCUGUUUCGAUCACCUCACAGCCGCCAACUGUUCCCGAAAGCAACACCCCACCGAAUACAUGGCAGAUCUCUGCUCGUCUAUUAGAACAAAGAUCAUCAGAAACCGGGCUACUCUCUCGAAUGCCCCAGCUGGUUCGGAAUCGCGGUUACUCGGGGUAAACCGUUAAUCACGUGCCCUUGUCGAUACCGGCAAUUUUCGUCGGAGCACUUGCAACUUUCCUGCCUCCGCCGGCCGACAUACCGGGAGGGGGAGCCAAACCAUUCAUCAUCAUCUUCUUCCUCCCCACCCACGCCCAGGUCGAUUCAUCGCGAUGUUGCUCCCGCGUACCACCAGACUGGCCUCAGCUCUUCGGGUUGCGGUCAAUUCGAGGCUCAAUGCCUUCUCGAGGUUCUAUAGUAGUGCUGCUCCUAGAACUCUUGCAAGGACUCCGCUCUACGACCUUCAUGUUGCUAGGGGAGCGAAGAUGGUGCCCUUCGCAGGGUACUUCAUGCCCGUGCUUUACUCCGAUGAGAGUGUGGGGGAGAGUCAUAAUUGGGUUAGGGAGAAGGCGGGGCUGUUUGAUGUUUCCCAUAUGGUCCAGCACCGGUUUGUUUCCAAUCAUUGCUAUCCAACCGGGAUUUGCGUGGAUUCCGAGAGCUAAUGGAGUGCAAUCCUAUAGUUUGACCGGCCCUGGAGCGUUGCCUUUCCUACACUCUGUCACCCCCUCGGACCUCACGCGCCUGCCGCAGUUUCGGUCUACGCUCUCGGUGUUUUUGCACCCGGUUACUGGUGGGAUUGUGGAUGAUUUGAUUAUCACUUCGCAUGGGCCGGACGGUUUCUACCUCGUCACUAAUGCUGCGUGCAAAGAUAAGGAUCUUGCGUACAUCGCCAGGAACAUGAAACCUUUCGCUUCAGAUGUUAAGCAUGAAGUUCUCACUGGACAAGGCUUGGUCGCCCUGCAAGGACCUUUGGCAAAGGAUAUCUUGACGGAGUACCUUAGCGGCCUGACCGGCUCCCCGGUUGAUCUUUCAAAACUGUACUUUGGCGCCUCAAUGUUUGUCGAGAUCCCAUCUCUCGGUGAGAAGCUACAUGUUGUACGUGCGGGAUAUACCGGAGAGGACGGGUUCGAGAUUUCCAUUUCUGAGAAGAAUACUGAGACUGUUACCACGGGGUUGUUGGAUGUGGGAUCUAUCGGUGGUAGGAUUAGACUUUCGGGUCUGGGAGCUAGAGAUAGUCUUAGGCUUGAGGCAGGAAUGUGUCUAUAUGGGCAUGAUCUAGAUGAUACUACCACACCAAUCGAGGCGGGACUUAAGUGGGUGGUAGGGAAGACGAGAGCUAUGGACGGGUGGGUUUUCCAGAGGUAAACUAAUUCACCAAAUACUAACCGUGGGUUAGCAAUUUCCUCGGGGCAGAAACAAUCAGCGGACAAUACGACAGCUGGAGCAUUGUCCCUAGGCGCAGGGUUGGCUUUCUUGUUGAGGGUGCACCAGCCAGAGAGGGUGCGGAGAUUGUAGAGAGGGGAACGGAUAACGUUAUUGGUAAUACCCCCUCUCCAUUUCCUUCACCUCCCUCUUUGAAAUUCUGACACUAGAAACUACAGGUAAAAUAACAUCUGGCUGCCCCUCCCCGACACUUGGCAAGAACAUUGCUAUGGGCUACGUUAGGAGCGGGUUCCACAAGAGGGCUACCGAAGUUGGUAUCAAGGUCCGUGGAAAGAAACAUAGCGGGAUUGUGACAAAAAUGCCCUUUGUAGAGACAAAGUACUAUAAGGCUCCUUAGAGAGGGCUUUGUUCAGGUUUCAUUUUCAACCAGUUUGUGCUGUUUGCAUGAAAUACCAUUUGGGGGCCCAACGCAAUUGAGCAGUGAGGAGGCGUGACGUGAUUGUGAUGGCGUAGAAUCCCAAGUAAUUGAGCCUUGUGCUGGGUAGUGGAAAGUUACCUUCUCUGGAAAAGAUGCGAAAAUCGCAGCAAAAGGGGAAUCGAUUAGCUCUGGGGGGGGGGCUCAGGGAACGAAUGGGGCGUUAGAUUUUACUGUAGCGGAGGAGGCAAUUUGGAUGGCAUAGCAAAUUGUUUAAUUGUUUAUGGUAGGACGUAUUGUGGCGAUAUCCGGGCUGGGAAUGGUGAUGAAUGGCGUUUUAUGGGGGGAGCAAGGGGUUGGAUUUUGGUUGUGGAAAUUAUCGUGGGCUGAUGCCAUUGUUGGAUC